AACAACAAAGUCUUAAUUAUUGUACAUAGUUUGAAUUUUGAUUUAAUUUUCUAGGAAGAAAUUAAUUAAGGAAGAAGGUAAUUAUUAUAGGGAUGAAGAGCAAGGUUCUAGUGGUUGGGGGAACAGGGUAUCUUGGGAAGAGGAUGGUUAAGGCAUGCUUAGAAGAAGGGCAUGAAACAUAUGUUAUUCAAAGGCCAGAGAUAGGUCUUGAUGUUGAGAAGCUACAGAUUCUUCAGUCCUUCAAGCGGCAAGGCGCUCGCCUCGUUCCGGCUUCCUUCUCCGACCACCGGAGCCUCGUCGACGCCGUCAAGAUGGUGGAUGUUGUCAUUUGUACCAUGUCCGGGGUUCAUUUUAGGUCUCAUAACUUGUUGGUCCAACUCAAACUUGUUGAGGCCAUCAAAGAAGCUGGAAAUGUUAAGCGUUUCUUGCCUUCAGAAUUUGGGAUGGACCCAGCACUAAUGGGGCAUGCAAUGGAGCCAGGAAGAGUGACAUUUGAUGAGAAAAUGAAAGUAAGAAAAGCAAUUGAAGAUGCCAACAUUCCUUACACUUACGUCUCUGCUAAUUGUUUUGCUGCUUAUUUUGCUGGCAACCUCUCUCAAAUGGGUACCCUUCUUCCUCCUACAGACAAGGUCCUUAUCUAUGGCAAUGGCAAUGUCAAAGCUGUAUAUGUGGAUGAAGAUGAUGUUGCUAGGUACACAAUCAAGACAAUUGAUGAUCCUAGAACCUUGAACAAGACACUGUACCUAAGGCCACCUGAAAACAUUCUCACACAGAGAGAACUCAUACACAAAUGGGAAACACUUUCAGGGAAGCAGCUAGAAAAAUCCACCAUUUCUGAACAACACUUUCUUUCUCCCAUCAGAGAUUUGGACUAUGCACAACAAGUGGGAAUUGGGCAUUUCUAUCAUAUUUUCUAUGAAGGGUGUUUGACAAACUUUGAGAUAGGAGAUAAAGGAGAAGAAGCUUCAGAGCUUUAUCCAGAGGUGAAUUACACACGCAUGGAUGAAUACCUAAAAAUCUAUCUCUGAUAAUGAUGAUGUCAAACACCUUUGCCUUUUCAUCACUUUUUAUUUUCAUUCCUUGUAUAAUAAAACACAAUUGAAUUCAAUUCAAUUAUUGACCAUGCAUAGUUGUAAUUUGCUUCUAUCAGUUGAAGGGAUUGUAACCAUGUUUGCUUUUAA